AUGCUGCGCAGCAGCGCGCUAGCGGCGCUGCUCGUGCUGCUGCUGUCCCCGCGCCCGGCGAGUGCGGACGGCGCGGCGGGCGCUUCUGCGUCCCCCACCGCCCGCUACUUCGACCUCGUGGACAUCAACCACGAUGGCGAGCUGCAGGCAGAGGAGCUGGCCUCCCAUAUCAGAUCCCUGGACGUUUCACAGGACGCCGCCGCUGCUGCGGCGCCUCCGCCCGGCCCGGCCCCGCCCGCCCAGCCCAGCACCCCAAGCGCCGCCAGCGACGGCGGCGACGCCGCCAGCGACGGCAGCGGCGACGACGCGGGGCCCGAGUACCGGACGCGCGCCCAGGUGGCGCGCGCGGUGCAGCAGGCGAUAUCAGCGGUGGACGGCGCAGACGCCGGCACCACGAUUUCGAUGGCCGAGCUCGAGCUGCAUUUGGCCGACGUGCAUAGG